AUGCAUUGUCUGUCUCCCAAGAUGGUUUGUGAGACCAAGAUUGUGGCGGAAGAUCAUGAAUCAAUCCCGGGAUCCAAAAAAGACACGAUCAUUGUUUCUUCCUCCCAGAUGUGGCCCUCUUUGGCGGGCUCCCCUUCCUCCCCCCCGCCUCCCCUCAGCUCCCCAAAAGAGGACCCCAGGCGCGAUGUCUAUAUCCGCGAAUUCCACCCCUCCGAGCAGGAGGUGGUGCGCCGCAUAUUUUACGAGGGUAUCAUGGAGCGGAUCCCCAACACGGCGUUCAGGGGGCUGAAGCAGCAGCCCCUCACUCAGCUGCUCUACGGGCUGCUGGCGGUAAUAUGCUUUGUUGUGACCAAGUCCUUCCUGCUGACCUGCUGUUUGCCCAUCUUUCUGAUGGGCAUGAGGUACUACUUCAGUAGAAAAGUUAUCCUCCACUAUCUCGAUUGUGCGCUGCAUACGGACAUGUCCGAUAUUGAGCAAUAUUACAUGAAACCGCCAGGCUCCUGCUUCUGGGUCGCCGUCCUGGAUGGCAACGUGGUGGGGAUCGUGGCAGCGCGGGGCAAUGAGGAAGACAACACGGUGGAGCUGCGCCGCAUGUCCGUCGACUCCAACUACCGUGGCAAAGGGAUCGCCAAGGCCCUGGGCCGCAAAGUGCUGGAGUUUGCCAUGCUCAACAACUACUCCUCCGUCGUGCUGGGAACCACGGCCGUGAAGAUGGCAGCCCACAAGCUCUAUGAGUCCUUGGGCUUCAAACACGUGGGUGUCGUCGAACAUUACGCCCUGCCGGGGAUGACGCGCUCCUUACUGGAGAGAAUGUUUUUCCAGGUCCGCUACCACCGCUACCGCCUGCAGCUGCGGGAAGAAUAAAAAAACCCAACCAACCAAACGAAAAAAAAAUAUUUUUUUUUUUCCUUCUCCUCCCCCUUCAAAAAUAAUAAAUUACCCUUCUAUUUCUCAUCACUGUUGAUUUGCCAAUUUUGGGUUGAGUUUUUGUUCCCUCAUGUCAUCUUUUGGUUUGCUCCGUGCAGCUCGAUCGUCCAGCCGAGCAGCGCUCCUUCCUCGCAUGCUGUAGGUGGUGGUGCUGGGAGUCCUGCGA